AUGGGUAGCUUUCUCCCUCAAUGCGAGCAAUUACGAGCGGCCGAGGGUGACCCCCCCAACCAUAAGCCAAGACCCCUCGUAAUUCUGAUUGUUGGCGCUGGCAUUGGCGGUUUAACAGCAGCCGUCUCUCUUCGCCACAACGGGCACCAUGUCACGCUACUGGAGCAGUCUCGACUAGCAAGCGAAGCAGGAGCCGCUGUCCACUUGACUCCAAAUGCCAAUGGUCUCCUGAGGCGUUGCGGUAUUUUUGCUGAAACAUUCGGCUCGGUUCCCAACGAUAGAGUCCUGGAGUACGUCUAUGAUGGACGUCUGCUGACUGACAUCAACUUGGUGCAGGCGAACAAGAGGUGGGCGCAUCCGUGGCUCAUUGCGCAGAGGACUGCUCUCCAUACUAAGUUGAAGGAGGCGGCUACUGCAACCCAUGGCACCGGCACUCCAGCUGUUUUACAGACCUCAAGCAAGGUCGUCCGAGUAGACGCUGAACUGGGACGCGUAUGGUUGGAUAACGGUACGAGCUUGAUGGGCGAUGUUAUCCUGGGUGCUGAUGGAAUACAUUCAUCGGUAAGAAGCGUCUUGAGCAAUGCUUCUCCUUAUCCAACUGGAAAAGCAGCCUUUAGGUUCCAAGUGACAUACCAACUUGCAGCAGACGAUGCUCUCACACGGCGCCUAAGUGAGCAAAAAAACAGCCUUUGCACCUGGUUGGCCAAGGAUAGGAGAGUCGUCAUGUACUCAUGCGAUGAUAACCGACUGCUUAACUUCGUUUGCAUACAUCCAGAUGACGAGUCGCAUCGGGAACAGACAACUACAUGGUCAAAACAAGGCGACCUCAGCCAGAUGCUUAGAGUCUUCGAAAACUUUGACCCGACACUGACAGGCCUGAUGCGCAAAGCUAAUCCAGCCCAAAUUAAGGUCUGGCAACUGAUGGACAUGGAGGAAAUUCCCUGGACUCGUGACCGUGUGGCUCUACUAGGAGACGCGGCCCAUCCUUUCACUCCGCAUCAAGGUCAAGGGGCAGCCAUGGCCAUUGAGGAUGCGGCGUCCUUGUCGGUGGUGCUUCCUCAGGGAACCAAGCCUGAAGAAGUUGUAGAACGCCUUCAACUAUACGAACAAAUACGGCGUGAAAGGGCUCAUAAAAUUCAAGAGCUAUCACGCCAAGCUGGCAGAGAUUGGGUCGAAGGAAAGCUCAAUGUUGACAACACUGACUUCACUCAUGCCUUUGAUGAGUUUGACAAUAGCAUUAAGCAUUUCAGGCGAUGGCUUUGGGCUCAGAAACCCGCCAUCUCCUCGCAAAUGCCAAUAGGAUUUGGACCCAGUCCUAGUCCACUGCAAGACUAUUAUGGCCGGCAAUAUCAAUCAAAGGAAGGUGGUGGUUACCGUGAGUUUACGACGCUCAACGUCAGGUUCAAGACUUCGCGCACGGUUCUGCAAAACAUGUUUCCCACGGACCAGUUUCAGUUCCGACGAGUCGAUACUGUCUGCACAGCAAGUUGGUCCAUCACGAAAUUUGGUCGAGUUCCCUGGCUAGGUGGUGAGGGAUACUGCACCAUGGCCCUAUUUUUCCAUGGUGUGCGUUAUGUGAGAAAAAAGGAUGGCAGCAUGGUGAAUGGUGCUUUCAUCCCGGUGCUCUUUGAGUCAUUGAGCGACGCCGUAGUAGCUGGACGAGAGCUGUUCGGUCUCCCAAAAUUCGGAUGUGACGUACAACUCAACCACUCUGGCAGCACUUGUCGAGCAACAGCCACCUGGAAGGGGUCCAAGUUGGUUGAGAUCACACUUCCAAAGCUUGAGGAGAUUGGCAAGGAUUCUGUUGAAGGUGGAGCCUACUGGGGCGAGACCAAUGUUCUCGCGUACCGUUACAUCCCGUCGGUGGAUGAGCCGGACAAGCCGGAUGCGGCAUAUGCAUGUGUGGUCACGCACGCUGACGAGGGGCGAGUGAAGAAUGGCGGGACGAUCACGUUCGCUGCACAGUCCGCAGAAGCAAACAUCGACUGCCAGGCACAUGAUUGGGAUGCUCUCCCUACAUUGCAUCACAUCGCGUCUAUACUUGCUGAAAUACCCGUCUACGAAAUACUACAUGCCAAGUUGGUAAAAGGCAUAGUAAAUGGGACAGCACCACGCGCUCGACGCAUAGAGUAG